AGCAGCGCGGCGCGGCGCGGCGUGGGGAGCCUGCCAUGUCGCCGCGCAAUGGCCGCCGCACCGGCGCGCACCGCGCGCACUCGCUGGCGCGGCAGCUGAAGACGAAGCGGCGCCGGCGCGACCUGGAUGAGAUCCACCGGGACCUGCGGCCCGAGAACGCGGCGCGGCUGCUGCGGCAGGAGCCCGACCCCGACCUGCCGGGCUGCGCCCAGUUCUACUGCCUGCACUGCGCGCGCUACUUUGUGGACCUGAACAGCAUGAAGGAGCACUUCAGGUCCAAGGUGCACAAGAAGAGGCUGAAGCAGCUGCAGGAGGCACCAUACACGCAGGAGGAGGCAGAGCGUGCUGCUGGGAUGGGAUCCUACAUCCCCCCAAAGAAGGUGGAAGUGCAGACCCAGCCACUCGAGGAGGUCACUGAGAUGGAGGCGUCCAGCUGAGCACAGCGGACUGAGGGGCCAAAUGGCUCUGUGAGGGUGUCUUUGUCUUCAGCUUUGUGAGAAGAUCAUGCCCCAGCGCAGCCUGCCAGCAGGCAGACACGCUGCUCCUGGCAGCGCUGCUCCCCGCAGCUCUAAUGAGGAGAAGGAGCCAGCGAGACCCCAGGUGCCCCCGUCUUCUCACGGCAGGGGCAAGCCGCUUGUUCCCUCAGUGCUGGCGUGACUGUACACUCAUCUCUUUACUUGUGGAGCGGUUUUGGGUCCCUCUCCUUGGGUCAGAGGUUACCCCAGAGACUCAUCCAUUAAAACAUGUCAGUGAACAGCCCA